AUUCCAUCUCACUCGCUAUAUAUAAAAGCACAAGUAGAUCGAUGAAUGCCACCGCCGUGUAAAGCGGAUCGCUCCAUCAUCCACCUGCUAGCCACCCAUGGGCGCCGCCGUGGUGUUCGACGCGGCGAUCCUGAGCAAGCAGGAGGCCAUCCCGGCGCAGUUCGUCUGGCCGGCCGACGAGGCGCCGGCGGCGGACGACGGCGCGGUGGAGGAGAUCGCCAUCCCCGUCGUCGACCUGGGCGAGUUCCUGGCGGCCGGAAGUGGCGGCAUUGCGCGCGCCGUGGCCGAGGCGUGCGAGCGGCACGGGUUCUUCCAGGUGGUGAACCACGGCGUCGACCCGGCGCUGCUCGCCGAGGCGUACCGCUGCUGCGACGCCUUCUACGCGCGGCCGCUCGCCGAGAAGCAGCGCGCGCGCCGCCGCGCCGGCGAGAACCACGGCUACGCGAGCAGCUUCACGGGGCGGUUCGACUGCAAGCUGCCGUGGAAGGAGACCAUGUCGUUCAACUGCUCCGCCGCGCCGGAGAACGCGCGCGUCGUCGCCGACUACUUCGUCGGCGUCCUCGGCGAGGAGUACCGACACAUGGGGGAGGUGUGCCAGGAGUACUGUGACGUGAUGACGCGGCUGGCGCUGGACAUCACGGAGGUGCUGGCGACGGCGCUCGGGCUCGGCCGCGGCGAGCUGCGCGGCUUCUUCGCCGACGGCGACCCGGUGAUGCGGCUGAACCACUACCCGCCGUGCCGGCAGCCGCACCUGACGCUGGGCACGGGCCCGCACCGCGACCCGACGUCGCUGACGCUGCUCCACCAGGACGACGUCGGCGGGCUGCAGGUGCUCACCGACGGCGCGUGGCGCGCCGUGCGGCCCCGCGCCGACGCCUUCGUCGUCAACAUCGGCGACACCUUCGCCGCGCUCACCAACGGCCGCCACGCCAGCUGCCUCCACCGCGCCGUCGUCAACGGCCGCGCCGCGCGCAGGUCGCUCACCUUCUUCCUCAACCCGCGCCUCGACCGCGUCGUCUCGCCGCCGCCGGCGCUCGUCGACGCCGCCCACCCGCGCGCCUUCCCGGACUUCACGUGGCGCGAGUUCCUCGAGUUCACGCAGACGCACUACCGGUCGGACACCAACACCAUGGACGCCUUCGUCGCCUGGAUCACGCAGAGCAACGGCGACGGCCGCGGCUGCCAUGAAAGCCUUGGCAAGAACGUCCAUACGUAGACAAGAAGGUUAGCCAUCUUCUGAUGGAAAAUAAAGCAGGGUUUCUAUUAGCCAUAAUAAGACUGCGUGGGUACAUUAUUACGGCCAAAUAACCGUGCACUGUAACGGGUUUUAAAUAAACAAUCAGUAGACUUGAAAAAUAUCAAGUUAUGUAUAUAUCAAAUAAAUCGCAAAUCUUUUGCGUGUUUUCGAAAACUGUCGUGGAUCAGUGUAUCACAAUUCACAAGCUACAUAUGUAGCACUCAAUCAUCCACGAAAUAUCCAUCCUUGUCUUUUUGUGUAUGCUUAUGACCGUGUAAGUUAAAAUUUGAA